AUAGUGCAACAAUUAAUAGUUGAAAUGUUUUCAGAUAAAAGCUGUGUUAACGCUACUUUGAUCUCCGGAACGAAGGAAACAUGUUCGUUCUUUAUUUUUGAGGCAGCUAUUCAUUGGGCUGAAGAGGGUCAUCGUGUUAUUUACAUCGCACCUAAAGCAUUGCAGUCUCCACCAUUGACGCAUCAUGACAGAAGUAACCCAAGUACCGAAGCUUUCAAACUCAUGCGAUUUAUGUACCUCCCAAAUUACGAGACCCUUGUGGAACAGCUCGUGGAUUUACACUCUUUUGCUUCCCUGCCUAAUGUCUUGCUGGUAGACGACCUGGACAAUUACAUUGAGGAUCCUGGCGUUAAGGAUAAAAGAGAAGUGCACAUCGCCAGAUUAUGUGCAAUUCUCUUGGACACUAUGAACGCAUGUGCUGUGAUUCUCAAGCAAAAUGUUCACAUCUGCGUCUCGAUUUCAUCGGAAUGUGAGAAGAUUUAUCAGCUUUAUUUCGAUAAGCUGUGGAAAAUCGAGGAAGAAGAUGAUGGAAACAUCGUCAAAGUGAAACAAGUCGCUGCAUGCAAUGCUGCAAACAAGACUUAUGAGUAUCGCAAGUAUGGAAGUGAAAAUAUAAUUUUGAAGCAGAUACUCUACAGUCAAAACUGAAAGACAAUUCUACAG